UUCUGUCAUCAAGUCACAGAACUGAAGACAGCUAUGUCUCUGAUGCCACCAUGUUCACUACUUACCAUCCUUGCAGCAAUGGUGUUGCUUUCCAUGGCUUUCAACAUUGAUGACAUCAAUACCAAAAUCUACUCAGGGGAUGAUAAGGGCUUUUUUGGAUACAGAGCUCUUCAAUACAAAUCUGAGAAGAAAUGGAUCAUUGUCAGUGCACCAUUGGAGGGAAAUGGAACUGGAGGGAUCUACAAAUGCAGUCAGGCCAAAGACUGUGAGCUUUUUCAUCUGCAAGACACAUACUCUGCCAUGUCAACUGGAAUAGCAAUGGCAGUCAAGUCGACUUCCACUGCCCAGUUCACUGCUUGCAGUCCACGGUUGGCUCAUGAAUGUGACAGCAACUCAUACCUAAAUGGGAUCUGCUAUCAGUUCAAUAACCAGCUGCAACUGAUUGGAAAUAUCACACCAGCCUUUCAAGAAUGCACCAAGAGAAAAGUUGACCUUGUCUUCCUGUUUGAUGGAUCAGAAAGUCUGAAAAUAGAAGAUUUUAAAAAGAACAAAGAAUUUAUUGCUGACAUCAUGAAGACGCUUUCAAACACCUCCAUACAGUUUGCAGCAGUACAGUUUUCGAAGACUUUCCACACAGUUUUCACCUUUACAGACUAUCAAAACAACAGGGCAUGGGACCUUCUAGACAAAGAACAACACAUGAAGAGUCUCACCAACACUCAUGGAGCAAUUGACCAUGUUCUAAAUACCAUUUUAUACAAGAAAACUGCGGGUGCCAUUCAAGAUGCCACCAAAGUUCUGGUCAUCAUCACAGAUGGAUCUCCAACUGACAUUGAUGUGAAACAUGUUGUCAAAAGGAUUGAUGACAACCACAUCAUCCGCUAUAUCAUUGGGGUAAAAUAUGAUGGCAAGCUUGAUCUGAAUCGACUUAAAUCACUAGCAUCAGACCCCAAAGACAACAAUACUUUCUACAUUGAUAACUACAGUGGGCUGAAGGGAAUCCUGGAUAACCUACAAAAAAAAAUCUACAACAUUGAAGGUACUCAAAGUGCAUAUGGCAGGAAAUUCAAAAAUGAGAUGUCUCAGAGUGGGUUCAGCGCUGUCUACAUGGAGGACACUUUAGUUUUGGGAUCAGUAGGCUCCAAUGACUGGAGAGGAUCUCUUAUUGAAAUUCCUUCAGGGGCAAACAGCAAACACGUUGAAGACCCCAAAAUGGAGGAGGAUUCCUAUAUGGGUUAUUCUGUGGCAGUGGGAAGGAAAGGAAAAGAGAUUUUAUAUUUUUCUGGAGCACCCAGAUUUAACCAUACAGGACAAGUUCUUGUUUUUCACAAAGUCAACCAAAAUUGGGAAAUGAUACAGGGGAAACACGGGACACAGAUUGGUGCAUAUUUUGGGGCAGAGUUGUGUGCUGUUGACAUAGACUCAGAUGGUGAAACUGAUUUUCUCCUUGUGGGUGCACCACUAUAUUAUGACUCUCAGAGAGAAGGCAGGAUGUUUGUUUACAACCUUACUACAGAGCUGGUAAUGUGGGAAAAACUAAAUGUUACAGGAUCAUCUCUGGGCCGAUUUGCUUCUUCUAUAUCCUCUCUUGAAGACCUGAAUGGUGAUGGACUCAGGGAUGUGGCUGUGGGUGCACCACUGGAGGAUGGUCAGAAGGGAGCAGUAUAUAUUUACUUGGGAGACAGGCUGAGGGGCAUCCGACCUGAGUCCUGCCAGCGAAUUGCAGCCCAGAUAGUGCUGUCUACACUGCAGUUCUUUGGGCAGGCAAUUGACGGGAAGAUGGAUAUGGAGGAGGAUGGACUGACAGACAUCAUAGUCGGAGCAUAUGGGAAGGUUGUGCUAUUUAGGUCCAGGCCAGUUCUCAAUGUUUCUGCCCAACUUCACUUCACUCCAGCACAGAUAAGCACUGAUAAAUUUCACUGUCUGGAAAUGAAGGAAAUCUUUCCUGUUGUCACAUUAACAGCCUGCUUCAUGGUGAAUCAUACUACUUCUGUUUCUGCAGGGUCUGUCAAGCUAGGGCUGAUUGUUUCCUACCAGCUUGAUCUGGACAGCGUGAGACAGAAAAGCAGAGCCUUUCUCAAUGCCACUGAUAAAGGUGCUAGGAGACACCGCUCUUCCCUGGAGCUGAGCCUUGGAGAAACCUGUCUAAACCACACCAUUUACAUGCCAAACUGUGUGAAAGACACUCUGUCACCCAUGAUGAUUAAACUCAACUUUUCACAAUCUGAGAGCCCACAGCACAAUUCCACUGCUGUUCUCAACACUGAUGUCAAUACUGUAGCUCUGGUGGAGGUUCCAUUUCAGAAGAACUGUAAAAGGAAGGAGACUUGUGUCUCUGACCUGGAACUGGAUUUUAAUUUCAUGACCACCACUCUCUUAGUGGUUGACCAGGAAUAUUUUAAUGUGACAGUGACAUUGUCCAAUCAUGGAGAUGACUCCUAUAACACCAGCAUCACCUUCCACUACCCACAUGGAUUGUCAUUUUCCAAGAUGCAGGUUUUGAAGGCUACCAGGAGGAUGCUGACCAGUUGUUCAGGCCUGGAAGACAUAAAGGACAGAACUGUCUGCAGCGUAAGCCUUCCUGUGUAUCCCAGCGAAACUACUGCAAGUUUUUACAGUUUGUUCCGUAUAUCUAACAAGUAUAAUUGGAGUAACACCAUGGAAAUGACCAUCACAGCUCACAGUGACAAUGGGAAUACCACCAACAUAAAAGUCUCUCGUGCUCUCCCAGUGCAGUUUGCUGUUGACCUUGCUGUCGUAGCCCAUGAUGGAGACUCUAUCACAUAUGUCAAUUUCUCAUUGGAAGAUACACAGCCUAAAAUGGUGGAACAUGUCUUUGAGGUGAAGAAUCUGGGUUUCAAAGACUUACCUGUGAAAGUCACCAUAACCUUUCAAACACAACCUGAGCACAACUUCGUGAUGAAAGACCAUUAUAUAUUAGUGUCAGAGGAGCGAAUAAAAUGUGGAAACAAAUCUGAUGAAAACACACAGGACUGCUCAGGACAACACUGCAAGUCAGUGGAAUGUGAGAGCUUCACUUUAAACCAGCAUUCAUCUGUUUUUUUCACCUUGCAUGGGAAUGCAUUCUUUCAGCCAUAUGGAAUGACUCCUCCUCCAUGUAAAUAUUUCUGUGGGAAUAGAUUGGAAGGGCAGUUUUCAAGCACUGUAGAACUCAACUAUGACAAGCAACGAUAUGUUCAGACUGCAGACAUCUCAGAGGAUCAAGAUGAUCCACUAACAUUCCACAGAGCAAAGAUUGACAGCCGAGCUGAACUCAUUAUUCCCCCAAAUCAACUUGCAAUUUGUAUGACAGGGAUUGGUUUAGGACUGGUUCUUCUGGCCAUCAUUGUAUGCAGCUUGUAUAAGCUGGGAUUCUUCAAGAGGAAGUAUACAGAACAAAUUGUAAACGAACAAAAGCAAUGUCAAGAGAUGUCACUUCUUCCUCCCACUGGUAUGCCGGAUAAUCACAAUGACAGUAUGUUAGAGAAUCAGUCUAGCAGUCAAUCACAUUUCCAGAACCAGCUGUCUAAAAGGGAAGAGGAAGGUGAAUAAGAAAUAAAACCACUCAUAUGUGCUCAUAAGGAAAAGGGAGAAAUCUCAUCACAGGAUGUAUCCAGAGUUAGUGGGAGAGUUGAUAUGUGUACUCAGUCAAACAUGCAUUGUACGAAAUAGCAAAUUUUCACAGGAAGGUGAAAGCUUGUCAAGCAUAACCUCCUUGUCAUACUCCACAUAUAACUGGAGAAUAUAGAAAAAAUGGUCAUGUGGAAAAGAAUAUAAUGUUAAUGAUUAUGUUUAAGUACAAAUUAGUUAUAUCAUCAAAUAAUGGCUGAUAGACUAAGGUACAAGGUACAUGAUACAGUUGCAUCAAAUUAA